AUGGCCAACGGCAACGGUCUCGGCGCACAGAAUGCGGCCAUUUAUGGCGGCAUGAAUGGCGCGGUUAUGCCCUCGGCAGGACACUACAGCGACAUGCAGGCACUGAUGCAGAACAUGGAAUCUCUCAGCGGCUGGCUUGAGCAAAACCGACAGGAAUGGUCGGCAGUCCAAGAUGGGCUUGCACGCGUGGAGAGAUUACAGGGUAGACUAGCUUCCAAUGGCCAGCUGCCGCUACAGAAUGGCGUCGAGCCCCCAGCUCAAUCACAACAACCGACGGUGACGCAGCYCCAAUCUGCCCUCGCCACCGCAAAUACCCGCAUCGCAGCACUCGAGCGAACAUUCCACGAGCAAACAGCCCUACAACAACACUUCGAAGAUGCACACACCGAAACCACGGAGCGCAUCCGACAUUACUGCUUCGAGCAGCAAAAGCAUGUCAUCGCGCUCCAUCAGCACUACACACAACUGCUUGCCCAGAGCCGCAGUGAGACGGUCGAGGCACAGUUGACACAUCAGGCCUGGCAGGCGGCGCUCCAGCGUCUGAGCGAGGGCGUGCGUACGGCACUCAAGUCAAGCGAAGAGGCAAGGCUACCGGAGAAGAGACGCAUCGCGGCUCUGAGAGAGGAGAAUCGUGUCCUGAGGGCUAUGGUGGGCUGGCAACCUGCGCCGCCAGACAGUGACGAUGAAGACAGCAGAGAGGUCGAGGAGCGGAGAGGCAGGACGGGUGUGGACGGAGGUUCGCAUCAAGUUUCAUGA